UUUUGUUAUUAAUUCGCUCUGUAAAGUUUCGUAGGCGUGAAUGUGUGGGUCAAACGGGACGAUUUGGCCGGGCAAUCUUUGCCGAUAGUUGGUGGCGCCGACUGCAGCGUCCGGUUGGGAACUUCACCCCGAAUUUAAUCAAUCGGUAGGGCGCAACGCUGCCGACGUAAGCUCGUUCAAUUCCUCAUUUGGAUUGCAUUUUUCCUGAUCUAAGUGGUGAUUAGAUAGUAGAAAUGGCGGCUUCUGGAGAUCCAUGGGUGAGGGAGUACAAUGAAGCUGUUAAACUUGCCGACGAUAUUAAUAGCAUGAUUUCUGAAAGGAGUUCAUUGCCUUCGACGGGCCCUGAAGCACAGAGACACACAUCUGCCAUUAGGAGGAAAAUAACCAUACUUGGAACCAGACUGGAUAGCCUACAGUCUCUUUUGUCCAAGGUUCCUGGAAACCAAUCCCUGAGUGAGAAAGAAAUGAACAGGCGAAGAGACAUGGCCAACAAUUUAAGGUCAAAGGUAAACCAAAUGGCAUCCACACUAAACAUGUCGAACUUUGCAAAUAGAGACAGCCUACUGGGGCCUGAAAUAAAGCCUGUAGAUGCCAUGAGCAGAGCAGCUGGUCUUGACAACCACGGAGUUGUUGGUCUUCAGAGACAAAUCAUGAAAGAACAAGAUGAGGGCCUUGAGAAACUGGAGGAGACGGUUGUAAGCACCAAACAUAUUGCAUUGGCAGUGAAUGAAGAGCUUGAUCUCCAUACGAGGCUCAUUGAUAAUCUGGAUGAACAUGUUGAGGUCACCAAUUCCAGACUUCAGAGAGUGCAGAAGAGGCUUGGCAUACUGAAUAAACGGACAAAGGGUGGCUGCUCUUGCUUGUGCUUGAUGCUAUCUGUUAUAGGGAUUGUUGUGUUGAUUGCUGUUAUAUACGUUCUGAUCAAAUAUUUGUAAUUUUAUCGAGGGUGGAGUUCAAACUUUUCAAUGCGUGUCUGUGUGUUGAUAUAUAUGAUAUAUUUGAGGAAGAACAAGAAGUUUACGCGUUGGAAUAUCCCUUGAGAUUUCGUUUUCUUCUGUUUCCCCGGGUCCUUGUAUGUACAUCAAUACCACUUGAUUGCUGUAAACCUUAUGUGGAACUCUUUCAAUUACAUUUGAGUUGAUAAUAUUUUUCAUGCUA